GUCUCUUGGUCACUCGGGCCACUGUGACAAUCCGCCUCCGCUCUUUCUUUCUUUCUCACGCUCCGCUCUUUCAUUCAAACUCACCAGAGAGAGAGAGAUACUUUUGUCCAGGCAGAUUUCGCAUCUGUUGAGUGCCGUUGUUGGGUGUCCAGGUGGUUGCUUUUGAAUGCCGUGGUGGUGGUCAUUGUUGCGUUGUCCUCAGGACGAGCGUUAGAUUUGUUGCCUUGACUGUCUCCGAGUGCGGACUAGCGUUCAAUUGGCAAGGCUAUGGUUGUCUUCGGAACGGGGAAGAGGAGAUAGAGUGGUUUUUUCUCACUUUUGCACCUUUUCAGGGUUUGAGAUUUUUGGGUGGGAGGAGCAGUCUGUGUGGUUCGCGAUCGCUGGCACGAUUUUGUUGUCACCGACAAAUUAGCACUGCGGCAUUUGGUUCGUAGCGUUUUUGGUGAAGUUGAUGGUCUCCUUGGUCUGGUUUGCGGGUGUCCAGUUGUAGUGUCACUGCGGGAAGCUCCUGAUCAUCCCGUUUUUCCGAACAGUUUGCUGGGCUUCAAGAUUUAGGGUUUGGGUCUAGGGUUUGGUGUCGAGGGCCCCAAUUUAUUUCUGUGGAGUUUCUUCCUGCUGUUUACUUUGGGGCGUGAAUCUCACAACAGUAUUUUAAUGUUUAAGACCUCCACAUUUUGAGAAGUCUGAAUCUUAGACCUGGGCUUCCUGCCUAUCCUCAUCGUUUGGAUUGCGUGGGGUUUCCUGGAUCCUUGUCUUUCAGAUAUUUUUUCUCGCUUCUCACAGUUUACCUGUGUGGUAAGGAUCGCGAUAUUUAUUUGGAGCAUCUGGCAUCCAGCGGGCUCACGGGCGCUAGACGUAAUCUUGAGGGUAUAUGUGUGCUAUUCUCGAAUUGAAACCAUUAUCGCGCGAGACAGCGCUUUGUAACUUGGAAGAUAUUGCUGGCUAGAGUUGCCAGAGUGCACGAGGAUAGUGUUGAAUAGCACUUUAUUGCUCGCGAAUCCAUCAUCAAUUUUUAUUACAUCUACAGCGUGAGACGUCCAGAUUUAGAGCAGUGGUUGUACCACUUCUAUCUCGCUGAAAGUCGCUGCCACAAAGUGGUUCUAGUGUGAGAGAAGCGUGCUUAUUCUUUGCGGAGCGCAUGCUGUGACGAAUGUUUAUUCCAGGUCAUUCUCUUUGAGAAAGAUAUACGGAAGAGUUUGGAUUCUGUCUUUUCAGCCACCGAUAUUUGUUUUAAGAUUGUUCCACAAUCUAGAUUCCCCCACUCUAGAUCUUGCAAUUUGAGGUCACCUUUUUUAGAUUCUCAAAACAAGUUAAUGCCAAGUUGCAUUUCGGUCUCCCAUGUCAAAGUCAAGUCUUUAAGGUCUUAAAGUUUUGGAAGCUUAUGGUGUAUGUCAUUGCAUCACCAGUUUGAUGUUCAGAGAAUCGCGCCCAAACAUCUCAGUGUCUGAGAAGUUGUUUUGAGGUGGCUCAUUCUUGUGUAUACAUCCUUUACUUCAUUUUCAGCUUUGAUAAAUUCGGAGUUGAAUGCUCGUGCUUCAUCAGGGUUCUAGUUUUUGUAAAUUCGAUCCCACCUUAUUGAGAUAGUGUCUAUUGUUGUACUCGAGUACCACUUUUUGGCGCAAUUUAGAAGCUCCCACUCCUACUUUGUGGAUCAGUAUUAGGGUUUCGAUUCCAAGUGAUCGUUGAGGGCGUCGCUCAAUUAUUCAACAAUGGAGAAGAGAAAAGCUCAGGUUCCUCUUGUGUGCCACGGACACUCUCGUCCUAUCGUGGAUCUUUCCUACAGCCCCAUCACUCCAGAUGGCUUCUUCUUGGUUAGCGCCAGCAAGGAUGGGAAGCCAAUGCUCCGAAAUGGUGAGACAGGUGAUUGGAUUGGAACUUUUGACGGCCACAAAGGAGCCGUAUGGGCAGCAUGUCUCGACACUCCAGCAAUGCGUUGUGCCACUGCAUCUGCUGAUUUCAGCGCGAGAGUGUGGGAUGCAUUGACAGGAGACGAGCUUUAUUCAUUUGAACACAAGCAUAUCGUUCGUACUUGUGCAUUUUCUGAGAGUACAACCCAUUUGCUAACUGGAGGUGCGGAGAAAGUGCUACGAAUUUUCGAUUUAGCUAGGCCAGAUGCGCCCCCAACUUUGUUGGAAAGCAAACCGGAGACUCCGAUAAGAGCGGCAGUUUGGCAUCAUAGUGACCAGACCAUUUUGAGCUCAUCAAACGACAUCGGAGGUGUAAGAGUUUGGGACGUGAGGACCAAGUCUGUAGUGCGGACUUUGGAUACAAAAUCUUCAUGUACCAGCGUGGAGGUUAGCAGGGACGGUCGGUACAUCACCACAGCAGAUGGCAACACCGUGAAAUUUUGGGAUGCCAAUCACUUUGGGUUGGUGAAGAGCUACUCAAUGCCUAGGCCGGUGGAAUCAGCGUCACUGUUUCCUUCUCGCGGUAAAUUCAUAGCUGGUGGUGAUGACAUGUGGGUUCGCCUCUUUGACUUCGACACUGGAGACGAAAUUGAAUGCAACAAAGGGCACCACGGUCCUGUGCACUGUGUCCGCUUCUCUCCAGGGGGUGAGUCUUAUGCCUCCGGCUCUGAAGAUGGUACCAUCCGAAUUUGGAAGACGGUAAAUGGGAACGAUGAGGCCGAAGUGGGUGGAGUUGCUGAAGGUGCAGCAGCGAAUCAGAUAAAGGUCAGAGUAAAUGAGGUUGCGAGGAAAGUGCAAGGCUUUCACAUUGCUCAAGAGGAUGGCGCACACUCCUGAUAGCCAAAGAUCUGUCUCUUAUUCUUCUGUUUUAGUUGAGCUUCAUGACUAGAGUUGGAAGGGUUUCGCUGGAGGGACAGUGGUCUUUCGGAGAUUGUGGAGUAAACUGUAUGUGCAGGGAAGUUUGAAAGAGUACCCGCUUGUCACACUCGUCCCUUUUGCAUGCUUUUGGCCUAGUUAAGGGCUGGCAGUCUGGUGACGGUCUGUUCACGUAUCUGCUUGCACAUACAGAAAUGUCAACAUGAUUAUGGAGAACUUGUAGUUGAUCCAACUGGGCAAUAUAAGAGUCUCUGGUGGCCUGAAGAAGUCGCGUUUUUA